UUUUGGGAUAAAGAUUCCCUGCGAACUUGAAACUGAUCAGCUGGACAUCUGUGGAUAAAGAGUUAAGCGUGUCUUGCAUUUUAAACUUCAAGUAUUGACAGCAAUUACAUCUUCAUUACCUUGGUGAACGAGGAAACGGACACUGAACAUUUGUAGGCUAUUAGACAGUACCACGAUUGACCAAACGCAUCCAUUCAUUAUUCCCCCCUGCACUUUUAAGACGCAUACCUCAACCGAUUGAUCCGGGAGUGAUACAGCAAGAUUAGACUGCCGCAUUCAUUCCACUAUAUUUUUACACUUUCUGUUCAGCUACACAUCGCCAUGUCAAGCGAUACGUCGGAUCAGAGUAGGCGGUUCUGUGUGCUGUCUUGGGAUCAGGUGCAUCGUUUGAACUCAAUCCUCAGAGAAGCAAUCCCGAUUCACGGCCGCGGAAACUUCCCUACACUCUCUGUCCAACCCCGGCAGAUCGUUCAGGUGGUGCGGGCGCGGCUGGAGGAGAGGGGCGUGUCCGUACGGGAUGUGAGGCUGAACGGCUCUGCAGCCAGCCACGUGCUCUACAAGGACACUGGCAUGGGCUACAAGGACCUGGACCUGAUCUUCGGCGUGUCUUUGAAGGACGACCAGGCUUUCCGGCUGGUGAAGGACGUGGUAAUGGACUGCCUGUUGGACUUCCUACCAGCGGGGGUCAGUAAGGAGCGCAUCUCGCCGCUGACCCUCAAAGAGGCCUACGUGCAGAAGCUGGUGAAAGUAUGCAACGACACAGACCGGUGGAGCCUCAUCUCGCUGUCCAACAACACGGGCAAGAACGUGGAGCUCAAGUUUGUGGACUCUCUCAGGCGGCAGUUUGAGUUCAGCGUGGACUCCUUCCAGAUUGGCUUGGACUCGCUGCUGCUGUUCGACGACUGCUCGGAGACGGCCAUGUCCGAGAGCUUCCACCCCACCGUGGUGGGGGAGAGUGUGUAUGGGGACUAUGAGGGGGCCAUGGGCCACCUGUGUCAGCGCAUCAUCGCCACGCGCAGCCCCGAGGAGAUCCGAGGCGGGGGGCUUCUUAAGUACUGCCACUUGCUGGCGCGGGGGUUCAGGCCCAUCUGCGAGACGGAGAUGAAGGCUCUGCAGCGCUACAUGUGCUCGCGCUUCUUCAUCGACUUCUCUGACAUCUGCGAGCAGCAGCGUAAACUGGAGGCCUACCUGCAGAACCACUUUGCUGGCAUGGAGCACAAGCGAUACGAGUGCCUGAUGACUCUGCACCAUGUGGUGAACGAAAGCACUGUGUGUCUGAUGGGCCAUGAGCGGCGCCAGACGCUCGGUCUCAUCUCCAUGUUGGCACUGCGGGUGCUGGCUGAGCAGAACGCCAUCCCCACGGUUACCAACGUCACCUGCUUCUACCAGCCCGCACCCUACGUACGUGACAUCAACUUCAGCAAUUACUACAUAGCACAGGUGCAGCCACAGCCACCGCUAGUUCACUACAGUAACUCUCACCAUACUUGGCUGCACUGUAACUGAGCUAACAAGCAUGUACAGGGCAGAGGUGGAUGUGGCAUCCAAUGUUUCUCUCCACUGGGUUGGAGAGAGGAGUGAGGAGAAGGGCUCGGCGGAAUGGCAGCAUUGCUCUUUGUCUUUCAAAAGAAAAAAAAAUACAAAAAAACUUAACAAAUGGAAAUGCAUCUCUUUGCCAAAUGUGACUUGACUGAAACUGUCCUUUACUGCUGGAUGAUUUGAGCCAAUCUUCUCUCAACUAUUUGUUUUCUCCUUGCACAACAUUUGUAAGGCUGAUGGUCCUUUUCACAUGUAGCAAGAAUGUUGGAGUAGUUCCUUAUUUAAGUGAGAAAUCUUUAUGAAGUUAGAUUUGUUAAAUAAGAAAAGAAAAACAUUUAUUUUGGAGGAAACAAACUAUGAAGCUCUAUUUUCAGACUGCUGCUUCAGUUGACUUAUUUUUUAAACAACAUUUACAGGACCAAAGAUUUAUUUUGUUGUUCAGAACUGAAGGGAUUAUUGUGAUUCGAAGUGCCUAAAACUAUCUGAGCAAUUUACAGAAACGCCUCUAAAGUGAGAGUUGUGCUUUUUAAAGACGUUUGUGUUGCCUAGGUUACUCCAAAUCUCUUUUCAGGGACAGAGGCAUUCAUCUUCAUGCGAUAAAAAUAAAUAAAUAAACUCCCUA